AUAUUUAAUAUUAUAAACGGAAUCAAAAGAUCUAGUUAACUCUUGCAAAAAUCAGUGUAUGCAAUACAUCAGAGAUUUUUAGGGGGAAGAAUUCAAGAGGGAGAGAGAUAUAAAAGAGAGAAUCACUAAAAAUUAAAGGGAUUUACUAAUGGUUGAUCAAACAAUGAACAUUCGCUUUACUCAGACAUUUAGUUGCAUCGUGGUGCUAGGCGGUUCACACUAAUUAAAAAAAAAAUAAUAUUGAUUGAAAUGUAUCCAGCUGAAGGUACAACAUCAGGCAAACCAGGACUUUGGAGACGGUCGUUUAAAUACUGAUUAAAUUCCCUUUCAUUCGAGAUUUUAAUGCAGAACGUUCAUUGCUCAGUCAAAAUUUCUGAGCCGCCUCUAGAAAAGGGCAUUUUCAUUCCAGCUUCAUCUUGUCCUUAUCAAGCACUAGCGGGGAGCUUCAGGAAGAAAUUUCCACAAAAGCUCAUAUACAAGUGAACAUAGGUGAAAAGCGUCCUUGGACAUCUGAAUCAUCAAAUAAUAUAAACCAUAAUUUAAAGUUUAUAACUUUAUAGAAAGGAAGCGAGAAACUGUUUGGAUAGGAUGCCCAGCUGCGCUAAGGCUAAUAAAACACAAGAAUUCAUAAAAGAAAGUGCUAAGCAUAGCUGGUCACCAAAAUUGGAGAUUAUUUUUUCAAGAUGAAUCUCUGGAUCGGAGUCACUCUUUUACUGCUUGGAGUUUCGUACUCUCAAGACUGCGGAAAACGACCUUUUACAAGCAGGGUAGUGAAUGGCGAAGAUGCCCAGGCCCAUUCCUGGCCUUGGCAAAUUUCUCUCAGAGUCAACGGUCGCCACAUCUGUGGAGGAUCACUUAUUGACGGAGACUGGGUUGUCACUGCGGCUCAUUGCGUGGAAAAUAAUCCCUAUCCAAGUGGCUACACUGUCGUUGUGGGAGCCCAUCGCCGUACUGGAACAACGGCUGUGCAGCGGACCUUCCGCUUGAAGAAACUAUUCAAACACGAAGGUUUCAACAUGAGGCAGCUUCGUAACGAUAUAGCACUUCUUCAGCUUGAGGGAUCCAUAACAACAAGUGAAAAAGUGAAUACUGUUUGCUUGCCAGCUUCAGGAAGCAGGAUUCCGGCAGGAACACAUUGCUACAUCACAGGUUGGGGAAGAACUGUGGGAGGUGGAAGUGCCGCUGACACUCUCCAACAGGCCAUGCUACCAGUGGCUGAACACAGUGCCUGCAGCAGAGUAAACGGAAGAUUAGUUCCUGUUGAUGAAAGUUCCAUGGUGUGCGCUGGAGGUCAAGGCAAAGGUGGAUGUCAGGGAGACAGUGGUGGACCAUUUGUUUGUGACGAGGGUGGAAAGUUUGUUUUGAGAGGGGCGGUCAGUUGGGGACAUAGGCAAUGCAGGACAGAUCAUUACACGGUGUUCGCUCGUAUAAGCAGCUUUAUUGAAUGGAUUAACCAGAAAAAGUCAGGGAGUGGCGGCGGUGGCGGAGGUGGAGGAGGAGGCUGCGUAGACCAAAGCUCGAGAUGUCGUUACAGUUUGUAUCAAUGCCGAUACGACAUCAAUGUUCAGAGGGCCUGCCCGAGGACAUGCGGUCUAUGUUAAGAUGGAACAUGACACUUCAGGAAUUGAAACCAGGACUAAACUUCCAUGACAAGAUGAAACAGACAUAUAUAUCUAGCCAUGUAGAGAAACAAUAAAGUAGUUCAAGAACAUAUUUAAUGUCGUCUCUGUUCCGUCUUCCACCGUCUUUAAAUCAAGGACACGUUCCUAUCGUAUUGCCUGAACAAUACCGACCGUGUAUGAUGUGAACGUGUUCAGGGCAGCAGUAGGGUUAUGCGAAGCUUGUUUUUGGCGAGCACAAGUAAAUCUUUCAUGAUUUCCUAGUCGUUCUCAAGCAUCAGCAUCUUUCCUAGACCCUAUUCUAGAAUUGAAGAAAAAAAUAUCCAAGGAAAAGAUUUGUUUUCGCCCCGAAAUUGGCGAUGUUCCAACGAGUAAAAUACAGUACCGACUUGGAAUUUGA